AUGUCUCUCAAAAGUAUUCUUGAAAAAGCCAAAGCCAAGGGCGAAGCCUUUGCGGCCCAACAUAACUUUACAAUCCCCGGCCAAUCCACAACACAUACUCCUCCACCACCACAUGCUGCACCACCGGGAUACUAUCCCCAAGUUCAACCUCAUCGCAUCCCGUCAGCUGCACCUGCACCUCCGCCAAUUCCCCAAAACAGACCCUCAUAUUCUGCCAUUCAUCCUUAUUGGAGCCCCUCAUUCUCUCCACAUGUUCCCGUUUCCGAUAAUUUCAGACAUCAACUUGGAGAUCAUGGAUGGGGAAACAACGAACUCCAAAACUACAUUGCCGAUCGGGAAAAUUCCUUCCACGACGAAAAUGGUUGUUUAGUCCUCCGAGCUAUAUCUUCCAACGGUAGAUUCACAAGCGCUCGAUUAACGAGUCAUAUGACACUUGCCCGCGACCGCGGCAGUCUCGUAGCAACUAUAACACCACCGUGUGCUUCGGGAGUGUGGCCCGCAUUCUGGCUCUUACCCCGCGAACCGUUUACAUGGCCCAAUGAUGGAGAGAUCGAUAUUAUGGAAACGUGGAAUGGAGAUUCCGUUAAUCAUACUUGUUUACAUUGGGGACAUUUCAACGGGGAAGAUUGGAAUAAACAUCGAGUCGUGGAGACGCCGGUGCAUCAUUUGUACUCUGCGCAACAUACAUAUGAGUUUGCGUGGAACCAGCCGGAGAAUGGCAUAGGUGGAAAGAUGGUUUGGUAUAUUGAUGGAAAGGUGGUUAUGAGGGCUCAUGUGCCCGAGGGAACUAGAAGAUUAAAUGAUUUUCAGGUUAUUAUUAAUGUGGCGAUGGGAGGGAAUGUGUGUCAAGGGAAGACUCCAGAGGAUGGGUGUUAUGAUUUGAGGAUUCAUGGCUUGAAGAUGUGUGAUGAGCCGACGGGUGGGUGGGAAAAGUUUGAGCAUGAUUUUCAUCAUGGGCCUGAGGGUCAUGCGAUGUGA